GUUUUUUUUUCCUCCUUGUCUUUGUUUUACAUGCAGAAUAGUUGUUAUUGUUUUAAUGUUUGUAAGUCAACAGCCAACGUGUGUGUUUUAUAGUGUUUUUAUAAGUUUUAAUGCUUAAGUUGGGGAUUUUACUUAGCUUACGCUCACCAAUUGGCAUACAAUGAUGAAACGUCCCCGAUUUCAUCGUUUGGGUUGCUUUGCUGAAGAUGAGGACUCAAAUAAAAUAUAAAUGAAACUUUUCUUUAAAAAAGGCAAGAUGAGUCGAGAGUACAACGGCUCCUGGUUGUAUUUCAGAAAUCUGGUUACCUAUGGAGUAAGAUAACUGUCAAAAAGGUGUGUGCACAGUUCUAAUAUUCGUAUUCGUAAUUGAGAAACUGUGUGGAUUAGGAUUAGUCUUGUGAAUACAACUCUGAUUUCUUUGACUAUGAACUUCUCCCUUCUGUGUGGACACGAAUUCAAGUUUGUGGGUAUGAGUAGAAAAGUGUGAGUCUGUGAAACUGUGCUGAUUAGGAUUGUUUUUCUGUGAGUACGAAUCCAAAAGCUGCGAGUGCGUGCAAAGUCUUGUGAAUACAACUCUAAUUUCUGUGACUACGAACACCUCCCUUCUGUGUGGACACGAAUUCAAGUUUGUGGGUACCAGUAGAAAAGUGUUGAAAUGACGUCACAGGGCGGAGUAAUCGAUCCGCCAUGGCGGAGUAGUCGAUCCGCCAUUAUAACACAGCAUGCGCCAAAUUCAAAGAUGGCUGAGGACAGUGGACCGCUUGGAGCUACCAGCUCAGGUGACGUGUCACAGGUAAGCUAAAUAACGUGUGUAUCCAGUAUUUAUAUAGAUAUAUUAAGAGAAAAUGUUCUAGUUAAAGUAAUAUACAGUUUUUGGACUUACUGCAGACUAUAGUUUGUAAGCUAACAACAUGCCGGUGAGCUAAGUUAGUGCUAGCAUUACUAGCAUUAGAAGUUGGCUCGUGCUAAAUAGCACUGACCUGCAAAUGAUAAAAUAUUUAUUUUGAGACAGUGUUGAUUAAAAUGCAACUUUUAUGGUUUUAUCAUUUGCAUUAUUUAGUGUAUAAAUAAAUCUGAUCAUGCUAAUCCUCCUCUCGGUCGUGCACGUUUUUUGUUUGUUUUUUAAUGAAGCUGAUGAGAAAUCAAUCCUCGUACCGGUGGAUAACAUUAUUUAUAAUAUCUGGGUUAUAUGUAGGUUUUAAUGUGUAUAUUUAUGUAGUCUUUUCUGUCAUAAUCGACAUUAGGGAUUGCGGGGAGCAUUUGUGUCGCGAUGACGUGGGCUGGGACACCAGUGCGUGGAAGGCAGAACUUCCAUUCGUCCCUUUUAAAAAGUUACAGUUCAUUUAUUUAACCAUCACCAUUACUGUGAAGCUGUCCAAUUACGGUAUAAAUAACCCAUAAGACAAAUAUCUUGGAUAUUUACUCCUUGAACCUCUUCUCCUCUGUCGUCCUCUGAUCGGUCAGCGGAGCACCGUUGCUAGGGACGGCGGUGUCCCUAGCAACGGUGUGUUACACCUCUGUUUACGUAAAUAACAGACGCGAGAAUGCAGCGAUUGACAACAUUCAACAUGUAAUCGUUUUAUCUUGCAAAUUAAUGAUUGGCUAAGUUGUUAAAAAUGCAACGUUUUGCAAAAAAGUAUUUUGAAUCUCUGCCCAGCCCAACGUUAUAUUACGUGGAAUUGAUGGAGUACUACAUGAUGAUUUUUCCGAGCCAAUAAUCAUUAUUUGUAUGCACCCAUUUGCUUGAGGUCAGGUAUACACAAUUGCUUUCUGCUGUACCAGACUUGCUUGCUGUUAGGCAUAGAUGACCCCAAGCUUGGACUUUAAGAAGAAGUUAGGCAUUCUAUAAAAUAGUGAAUAAUAACCAUGUCUGUGGCCUUUGCUAUUCAAUAUUGUCUUUUUUCACACUCAGGUCCAAUUAAGAGAGAUCAUAAACACAGCACAAAACCUUGUUUUGAUGUUAAGUUACAGCGUACCACCGAAUGUAAGGCCAGUCAGACAGGGCAACACAGGAGAAGCUGCUGUUGGUCAGGCAGUGCAGUCAGUGACCACAGUGAGGCCUCAGCAGGCACUGCAACAACGAGCUCAACUCAGUGGCCCUGGACUCUCAGUGAAACAAGAAAUGGCUCGGUCUUUUCCAGGAUUUUUUAAAAAAGAGGCAAGAGGAAAAAGGCGCUUUGCACCAUAUAGGACAAACGAAUUUGGGAAGAGUUUCUUGGUGAAUUUCUUUCUUCUUGAAAAACAAUAUGAAAAAACACCAAAAGGAGAGGAGGAACUGCCACUCAUGCUUGCUGGCCUUGGAAAACGUUCUCUAACCAUAUUUGAAAACAUGACACAUUCAGAGAUUUCAGAUUUGCUUGUGAAUGUAUAUCCAUGACUGGCAAACAUCUGUGGUGGCUGGAUGCUGCACAAAUCCACAGGUGGAAGUGGGCGGCGGAACUUGGUUGUUAUCCCUCCAGAUCUACAUGGAUACACUGGCCAGCAGUUAAAAGUGGUGACUAGCAGUGGAAAAUACACAUUGUACAUUUGUCCUUUACAAGAAGAACUUGAUACAAUUCCACUACCACCCGAAGCAAAGGAGUUUGAGAAAAUGCCCAAAGCCCAGUGUACAACUUGCAAGAAAAUGGUGCCACUUCAGAUUCUUCCAGUGCACAUCAAGGAAUGCAAGACAGAACUUGUAGAUUUGAGUUGUUCUGCUGAAGAGGAAAGUUGCAAAGAACAUGAUGAAUUUAGAGAUUCCACUUGCAACCAGUCAGACCAGACAUCAGAGUGUCCUGUGUGCAACAAUGCAUUUCACGUUGACAUAAUUGAAGUCCAUGCAGCCACAUGUGGAUUAAGACCUUCAGAUAAUGACUGUCACGAGUCAAGUGGAUCAGGAGCAGUCGGUCAAAUCAGUACAUUUCAAAGUACAGAGGAAAUCUUGGAUUGGAUCACUCAUCAAGUUAAUGAAACGAACACAUUUUCUAUCUGUGUUUCUCGAUCUGACCUCUUCAGCAGAGGCAUGCAACAGUGGCAACGGCAGAAAAAGACAUCACCUAAAUCUAGACUUAAGGUCACAUUCUUCGGUGAGGCAGGCAUUGAUACUGGUGCCCUUAGCAGAGAAUUUCUCACAGAAAUGCUGGCAGAGGUCGAAAACAGACUCUUUGUUGGAGGGUCAGAUAAGAAAGGGAAGAAUCCUGUUUAUUGUCUCAACAGUUUGGACUCAAACUUCUUCAGGAGUGUGGGAGAGAUCAUGGCAGCUAGCCUUGCACAAGGUGGACCUUGCCCCAACUUCUUGCGCGACUGGUGCUUCAGAUAUCUCUGCUCUGGUGAUUCUGACAGUAUACAAGUGUCUGCCAGUGAUGUAACAGAUUUUGAACUAUCACAGCUUAUUGAGAGGAUAAACAGCACAGAUGAUGACAAGAUCAGUGACCUGGUUGACGAUAUUGUGACCUGUGGCUACACUGGAAUCCUGUCUAUGGAAAGAAGAGAUGCCAUGAUAAGGUGGAUGCUACCUUUCUCCUGGAGAGGAGCCGCCCUGUCUUUAGUGAGACUGGUUCUGCCAAGCACCAGAAAGAAGUGAAGAUUAUGAACUUUCUCCAGGACUACCUCCAAGAAAUUGAGGAUUCUG